UUGCUCCCGGGAUGCCCCGCGCGGCCUCCCGCCUCUCUUCCCGCCGUGCCUCGCGCAGCGGCUUUCCUCGCAAUCUUCUUACUUCGCCAGUUACUCUGGAGACCCGCAACCACAUCCCUCGGCCCAGAGCAAAGGAAGCCACGGGCUUUUCCCAGCGUGAUCUGCGGGAGGGCUCGCCCCACUUCACCCCCUCUCCUGGCAGCCUCCAGCCUUGGAGACUACAAUUCCCAGCGUCCACCGGGCCGCGACGGAGCGGACGUCUCCCAGGUCCCGCCCCACAGCUCGGCCCCGCCCCCGGCCGCCGAAGUCUGCGCGCGAAUUUCGUGGCGCGCAUUUGGGACUUCAGUCAAGCGGCCAGGGGUUCCGGUCGAGACGCCCAGAACUGUGGCGCACGGGGAACAACUGACAGGAGAAGAGGAGAGCAGAGAAGGGAUCAUUCUGACGCCACCAUGCAGCGAAGUAUCAUGUCAUUUUUCUACCCCAAGAAAGAGGACAAAACGAAGAAGCCAGAGAAGGAGACGUCCAGCAGCAUCAAAGAGACGGAGCCCCCACCGAAGGUGGCACUGAAGGAGCGGAAUAGAGAGGUGCCCGACAGUGACUCUCCAGUGAAGAGGCCGGGCAGGAAAGCGGCCCGGGUCCUGUGCAGUGAAGGGGAGGAAGAGGACGAAGCCCUCAUGUCCCCCAAAAGUCAGAAGCCGGCCCCGGACUCGCCACACGUUUCCCCUGCCAGUCCUGUCCCGUUUCCUGAGAGCAGCCGUUCCCUCUCCAGUACCUCUCCAAUGCGCACCUCCCUGUCAGGGAUCCCAAAGCGUCGCACAGCUCGGAAGCAGCUUUCUAAACGGACAAUUCAGAAUGUUCUGGAAGAGCAGAGCGAGGACAAGGACGGAGACACCAAGAGGAAGAAGGAGGAAGGAGCAGAAGCAGAAAGCCUCCCAGAGCCGGAAGAGGCCAUAGAGAAGGAAACAGAAGAGGGGGACCCACCCACGGCAACUCCUGAGCCCCCAGAGACCAGCAGAGCAGAGCCCCUGACAGAAAGCAGUUCAGAGCCUGGUGUGGCGAUAAAGCAGGAGCCACAGGAGGAGGAUCCGGCUAAGCCCCCCAGGGCUCCCAGGACGCUCAGCAGUUUCUUCACCCCCCGGAAGCCAGCAAUCAAAAAAGAAGUAAAAGAAGAGGAGUCUGUUACCCCAAGAAAGGAGGAGCCCAAGGGCCCCCUGGACCCCUGCAGCUACAACCCUGCCAAGAACAACUACCAUCCUGUGGAAGACGCCUGCUGGGGGCCGGGCCAGAAGGUCCCUUAUUUGGCUGUGGCCCGGACCUUUGAGAAGAUCGAGGAGGUUUCUGCUCGGCUCCGGAUGGUGGAGACACUGAGCAACUUGCUGCGCUCUGUGGUGGCCCUGUCACCUCCAGACCUUCUCCCCAUCAUCUACCUUAGCCUCAACCACCUUGGGCCGCCCCAGCAGGGCCUGGAGCUUGGCGUCGGGGACGGCAUCCUUCUCAAGGCGGUGGCCCAGGCCACAGGUCGGCAGCUCGAGUCUGUCCGGGCUGAGGCAGCCGAGAAGGGCGACGUGGGGCUGGUGGCCGAGAACAGCCGCAGCACCCAGAGGCUCAUGCUGCCCCCGCCCGCCCUCACCGCCUCUGGGGUCUUCACCAAAUUCCGAGACAUCGCCCGGCUCACUGGCAGUGCUUCCACAACCAGGAAGAUGGACAUCAUCAAAGGCCUCUUCGUUGCCUGCCGCCACUCAGAAGCCCGGUUCAUUGCCAGAGCCCUGAGUGGACGGCUGCGCCUCGGGCUGGCAGAGCAGUCAGUGCUGGCCGCCCUCGCCCAGGCCGUGAGCCUCACACCCCCAGGCCAAGAGUUCCCCCCGGCCGUGGUGGAUGCAGGGAAGGGCAAGACAGCAGAGGCCAGAAAGACGUGGCUGGAGGAACAAGGCAUGAUCCUGAAGCAGACGUUCUGUGAGGUGCCUGACCUGGACCGGAUUGUCCCUGUGCUGCUGCAGCACAGCCUGGAGCGGCUCCCGGAGCACUGCCGGCUGAGUCCAGGGGUCCCCCUGAAGCCAAUGUUGGCCCACCCGACCAGGGGCGUCAGCGAGGUCCUGAAACGCUUCGAGGAGGCAGCUUUCACCUGCGAGUACAAAUACGAUGGGCAGAGGGCACAGAUCCAUGUUUUAGAAGGCGGGGAGGUGAAGAUCUUCAGCAGGAAUCAGGAAGACAAUACUGGAAAGUACCCCGACGUCAUCAGCCGCAUCCCCAAGAUUAAACUUCCGUCAGUCACAUCCUUUAUCCUGGACACGGAAGCCGUGGCUUGGGACCGGGAAAAGAAGCAGAUCCAGCCAUUCCAAGUGCUCACCACCCGCAAACGCAAGGAGGUGGAUGCAGCCGAGAUCCAGGUGCAGGUGUGUUUGUAUGCCUUCGACCUCAUCUACCUCAAUGGAGAGUCUUUGGUACGUGAGCCCCUUUCCCGACGCCGGCAGCUGCUCCGGGAGAACUUCGUGGAGACAGAGGGCGAGUUUGUCUUCGCCACCUCCCUGGACACCAAGGACAUGGACCAGAUUGCCGAGUUUUUGGAGCAGUCCGUGAGAGAUUCCUGCGAGGGGCUCAUGGUGAAAACCCUGGAUGUGGAUGCCACCUACGAGAUCGCCAAGAGGUCACACAACUGGCUCAAGCUGAAGAAGGACUACCUGGAGGGUGUGGGCGACACCCUGGACCUCGUGGUGAUCGGCGCCUACCUGGGCCGCGGAAAGCGAGCUGGCCGCUAUGGGGGCUUCCUGCUGGCCUCUUACGACGAGGAAAGUGAGGAGCUGCAGGCCAUUUGCAAGCUUGGAACUGGCUUCAGUGACGAGGAGCUGGAGGAACAUCACCAGAGCCUGCAGGCCUUGGUGCUGCCCAGCCCACGCUCCUACGUCCGGGCGGAUGGCGCCGUGGCCCCCGACCACUGGCUGGAGCCCAGCGCCGUGUGGGAGGUCAAGUGCGCCGACCUCUCCCUCCCCAUCUACCCUGCUGCCCGGGGCCUGGUGGACAGUGAGAAGGGGAUCUCCCUUCGCUUUCCUCGGUUUAUUCGCAUCCGUGAGGACAAGAAGCCGGAGGAGGCCACCACCAGUGCCCAGGUGGCCUAUCUUGUACAGGAAGCAAAGUCAGAUUCAGAAGCAGCACAGUGCAGACUCCGACUCCGACCCGGAGGGUUUUUCUACUAGGCCCCGCCCUCCCGGGGGACUCAAGAGGGCGCCGCCAAGGCUAAGCACAUCCGGUGUGCGGUCACGUGUGUGUGUGUGUGUGUGUGUGUGUGUG